UGGUGUGCGUAUCCCUCCGCGUUGACACUUGUGUACUGUGGAUUUUGAGUUCGUGAAGUUAUGUGUCAACAUUAAAUGAUAUUCGUGUGGCGUUCGAGUUACGUUGGUCGAUAUUCGACGAAAGAUGUAGUUGCGAGUGCCCCAGGUAACCAUGGCCAGGUAUGGGAACGACCAUGCCCUUGAGACGAACCGAAUAUUGCAAAACAUUAACAUCUUCCAGCAGGAGGAGGCCGCCCAUUCUAACGGCGGAAUGGGCGGCGAGAAUCCUACCCACCUGGAUGGUAUGGGCUACGGGCGUAUACUGUCGAGAGUGUCUAUGAACGGCCAGAACAGCGCAGGCGCGGGCGGCGGCGCAGACGCUAUAGGAGGAGGAGCAACCGGAGGAGGAGGAGGAGGAACUGGCUCCUCCUCCUCCUCCUCCUCUCACCAGCCUCAGCAGCAGCGCAUCGGCGCCAUCGAGAGUCUGAUCCAGGAGAGGUCCUCGCUCCCUGUGGUGUCGUCCUCCUCCUCGAACUCCUCCUUACUACCUUCGUCGUCCUCACAUCACCCUUACGACGUCUUGGACUCCCGCAGGAUCAUCGCGGCGUCCAAAUUUGCCACGCCCAAGACGCCCGACUCUGUGGUGGUGGUGGUGUCGAGUAGCAGCAGCAGCAACAGCAACGGACCCCUUGUCUCUGUCUUAGCGCCCCCAGGCGUCGUCCCUUCGUCGGCGUCUUCGUCGUCACCCUCCUGCUCUUCCUCCUCCAGCGGACCUCAGGUGGUCAACGGUUCAGGAGUGACAGGCCUCAUCACAGGGGUCACCACCACCACACCCACCACUGUGGGCUUUGCCCACAUCGCCCCCACGACCACAGUCGUCAGCAGUAGCCUCUCCAAAGGGCUGGUUGGUGGGCAGCAGCCCUUUGUGAAUGGUGGGAACAAUAUUAUUCCGGUUUCGAAGUUACCCCCCAACAGUAAUGUGUUGUACUCUGGCUAUGUGAAGUACGAACCCCCGCCCAACUAUGGGAGGACGACCCUAAGCAACAACUCUGCCCAUUCCAGCCCUCGCUCGAGCCUGAGUGGCGGCAGCAGCCACGAUUCUCAGAAUUCCGGACAGAACUCGCGAGUCAUUCCAGUGACGCAUCAUUCCAGUGACGUUGUGAAACCCAACCUGGUGGUGGGACAGCUUCAUACGUACGAAAACAUUAACACUUACCACCAUUAUGGGCCGCAGGGUAGUUUAGCGGCUACGAUUAUCGAAAACAAGUACGCCAGUCCCCGUUCUAGUAUAAGUUCGCAAGAUUCGAAACAUUCCAGUCCGCGAAGCAGUUUUGUACAUUCCUUGCAGGGUUCUAGUUUAGACAGAACGAGCUUAGCUAGUCAGACCAUUUUGGAGGAGGGGGGUCUUCAUAGGCCUACGUUAUCAAAUAGGCAUUUGCCGCCGAGAAUCGAACAGGACUUGGAAGGGAAACAGUUUGUCAUUCCAAGAAAUAACGCUUACGUGCAGGAAAACGCCCGUCAUAGUUCUCAGUGGAGUGUGAGCAGUGAUACUGUCAGACAUCGAGGAAUUUAUCAUGACCCGUCGCUCCCUCCCCCACCUAUACCACCACAUUCUCUGGGUCUAACAGGGCCUACGCAUACUCCAGUGGCUACACCUAGCCCCACUGCUCUCCCACCGCCUCCGCCUUAUCCGGGAAAGCCUCCCAGUAUAAGUUCAGUGUCUUCGUUAGAUAUUAGUGACUCUUCGAUAUCGUAUGUAAAUUCACGUGGUACUUCUACAUUCUUUCCAUUGGUGUCAAAUCAUAAUUAUGCUAAUAUAGAUGUUUUAAAGAGUGUGUCCGGAGCCGAUCCACCUCCACCUCCUCCGUACCCAUCGUCUGUUGUGCGACAGUUGCAGCAUUUAACGUUCUCAAAUACUCCAACUUCUCAAGGGACCCAUUCACCGAAUCUUUCGACUCCCUCUACUCCCUCCACCCCAUCUACACCACAGAGUAUAUUAAGGGGUUCAUCAGCGCCUCCACCUCCCCCACCUCCUUAUCCUUCCUCCGUUGUAAGGGCGGCUCAGCAGCAGCUCAUUGUACCACCACCUCCACCUCCGUACCCAUCCUCCUCUGUGGUGAGAAGUGUCCCUCAGGUGCAAGCCUUUGUCCCCUCAACUCUCAUUACUGGGCACAUAGGCCAGGUUCCCCCUCCACCACCUCCGUACCCUUCAUCUGCCGUGCGAAGCGUAGCCUUAGGAGUCUGUUACAGCCACAGCAGCGCCAUGAGUCAAAACAGCAGCACCAGUACCUCUUCGAGCACUCCCAGCGAUCGCCUGGCAAUGUGGCAACACAAGCUCGGCUCCCAGGGGCAGGGGCAGCCGUCAUGCAACACGUCGACUGUGUCCCCUGGCGUUACCACAGGCCACGCUCACGUGCCACCUACACCGUCCGCCACGUCGAAGGGUGUGAGUGGAAAGAAUCUUCUUCCCUACAAUGUAACUGCAAAGUCUAUGGGCAUGAGCGAGGCGGAGCGGAAGCUGGAGGCCCUUACGCAGAAGAUAGAGGAGGAGAUGGAGAAGCAGGAACAGGAGGGCGAAUAUUACGGUAUAUGCCACACCUGUGGCGACAAGGUAACGGGUGCUGGGCAGGCAUGUCAAGCCAUGGGCAACUUGUAUCACACGAACUGCUUCAUAUGCUGCUCUUGUGGUCGCGCCCUGCGGGGCAAGGCGUUCUAUAACGUCCAUGGCAAGGUGUAUUGCGAGGAAGAUUACUUAUACUCAGGUUUCCAGCAGACAGCUGAGAAGUGUGCCAUUUGCGGACAUCUCAUCAUGGAAAUGAUACUCCAAGCCAUGGGCAAGUCUUAUCAUCCCGGAUGCUUUCGUUGUUGCAUAUGCAAUGAAUGCUUGGAUGGAGUACCGUUUACUGUCGACGUUGAUAAUAAAAUCUACUGUGUUCACGACUAUCAUAGAAUGUUUGCCCCAAAGUGCGCUGCUUGCGGGAAGAGCAUAACCCCAGUUGAGGGCACAGGAGAAACUGUACGAGUAGUAUCCAUGGACAAAGACUUCCACGUGGAUUGUUACGUCUGUGAAAAUUGUGGAAUGCAGCUUACCGAUGAACCCGAUCAGAGAUGCUAUCCUCUUGAUGGUCACCUUUUAUGCCGCAACUGUCAUCUACAUCGCCUUCAUGCCAUGGGUCGCACUCCCUCUAACAUUCAGGAUGUUGGUGCCACUUAUGUCGAAUAGCAAGCAGCAAAUUCUCCAGUUUCAAAACGUACCUUUAUCUUCUUAAGUCUGUAUUUUUCUGUUUUUGUUUUGUGGAAGGUGUUACUUUUGAAGAUGCCUGGAUUGUUUUUAGACAAACUUAUAAAAAGAAACUGCAUUUCACCUAAAGAUAUAAGGAAAUUAUAUAUUUUAUCAAGGAAUUGUAUGCAUUAAUUUUACAUAAAGUUCUUUUGUAUUUAUGUUUUACCUCUUUCCCAAAUAUGUGUGCGCACAUUCAUGAAAAGUCAGUAACUUUUAAGUAUUUUUGUAUUGACAUUGAACAUUUAUAUAAUGUGUAUUGUUUGUAUGAAAUCUUUUCUGUCUCUCUUCAUUGUAAGAUAUUUUUCUUUAAAAGGAGAUGAUGUAGGUAUAAGUUCAGCAUUUUAACUAUAUUGUUUUUUACCCAACUUCAUGGAAUUUCCUUUUUUAUUGAAUUCCAGUUUUGUGUUCCUACUGUCUUGUAUUUAUAACAGAGGAUUUGACAUUUAUAAAGAAUUUUUUUAAUAUGUGGGUUUUGAGAGGUUUUAUACGUACAUGUUCUUGCAGCUAUUAGAAGUGUGAUUGGACAGCUUGUAAAAGCUAGAAGACUCAAGUAUGUUAGAAUUUCGUAUUGCCUCCCUUCUUUAAAUAUGUAGAUGAAAAUUACAAAAUUGUUUUUACCAAGAUUAGUAAGUUUUUAGGUAUGUGUUAUGGGUAGAAAGACUUCAAUUAAGACAUUGUAAAAUCUAGCCUCCUCUUACUUUGAUGUAUGGAUGCAUAGCUAUUUUAUUAGUAAUAGUAUAGAAUCUUGACAGUUCACAAGGGCUGAGAAAAUAGGUGCAGCUUGAAUACCUUCUUGACAGAUUUAUCUUACAUUUCCGAUUAUUAUAUUAAUUUCAUGAAGAAAUGAGGAUAGUAGUUGUUUGAUUCAGGAAUUUUUCUACCAUUUUACAGUAGGCAAAUAAAUUACUGAUGGGAAACAACCAUCUUUUUAAGCUGUCCGUCUCAGGUCUAAAAAUUAGCAACUGUUUUAAACUGUCCAUCUCAGAUCUAAAAAAAAAAAAUUAACCCCAGAACAGGUUUGUUUUAAAUAUUUCUUCCCCCCCCCCCCACCCCCCCCCCCCCCCCCCCCAUUUGUACUUAGAUAGUUGCAAAGCUUACAAAUAUUGUUGAAUUCCAAGUCUCCUUACUCUGAGGUACAGAGGAUGAGCUGUUAGUUUUUUGUACAAGGAGAGUUUAAUGCCUUAGUAUUUCCACAUAUGUUGCAACCAAGUGCAGGGAAAAGCAGUCUUAACAUCAAAGAAAGAAACUACUUAAAAAAACAUUGUAGCUCUAUGUAUUGUAUUCAAGGUAUUGUUGAAGUUUAAAUCCCAAUAGAGUAACCUUUUGUCACAAUAAUAAACAAAUGCUCUUUACGUACCUCUUACCAGAGUAAGAGGUUUCAUGGCCAUUUCUGUAUUUUUUCAAGGCAUCUGUGGUAUUACAGAGUAGUAGUUAGCUAGUUUUUGAUUUAUGAAGUCACUGCAACAAGUACAGUGUUCAUGUUCACACUGGUGGAGAUAUGAUGUUGCUCCAACUAUUUUGUGUUCAUUUUGUCUUUGUUUGUAUGUAUACAUUUUUAAAGCUUCUUAAUUUAGGUAUUUUAUGUACUUAGGAUGUAUAAAUAGCUUUUAUUUUUUGUGAUAAAAACUUUUUGUUAAGCUGUGAAAGUUGAUAUUUUGUUUUUUGGUCAUUUGUUAAUGUGCACAAUUUCUGCUUAGAAUUCUUUUUUUAAAGUGUUUGCCAUUCAAGUAAAAGUACCACCGUGUAAUAGAAUACUAUUUUCUUUUGUUUGCGGUUCGCUCAUAUUUUCAAGUUAUUUUCAUUUCAACUAGGUUAAUUGUACAGAGUAAUAUACUAGAAAAGUAACCAGUAAGAAAGUUGAAGUUCAAUGAAACCAGCAGGAUAUCUGGUAUUUUCUCAGCUAUUAUUUUGUAAUAUUUGAAAUGUCCAACAUUUAAUACUUGAUGGAUGCGUGUGUAUAUUUUUUCCCAUUCAGCCUGUAUAUUUUUUCCCGAUCUUGACAGUAUUUGGGCUGUGUUUGAACUUGGUAAUUCUCAGUCUAUUUUUUCAAUGUCAGUUAAUGAAAUUGCUUUUUAUAUUUUUCGUUUAUUGUACAAGACCAACGUAAUUAGCCUCAAAUGAUUGUUUUAGCACUCAUUUGGAAUGUUGCUCGGAUAACUUUUGCAAAAGCCAAAUUUUGUGGAUGGGGAACCUUGAGUCUGUUAAUGAUAUAUGCUUGUUGGUAUAAAAGAAACGUUUUUUUUUUAAAGGCUGUGAUUAUAUCAUGUAAUAUGAGGUGUUACUUUGAGGUAAUCUGGAUUACCAACAAGUUAAAGAAUUGACAUGACACACUGAGCCCUGGAUUAACUAUUUUGAUUGCAUUUAGUGCCGUUAGACUAAUGAGAUCAGUGGAAUGCUAUUCAUAAUGCUCUUUUGAAGAUGGCAAUGUAAAAUACAUUUAAGAAAGAGGAUGGCAUAUAUAUAUAUAUAUAUGUAUGGCCCUAAGAUCAAUUGAAGUAUAUCUAGAUCGUUUUUUUUUACUCAAAAGCUCAAAUUGAUGUUUGAAGUCACAGCAGUAUUUUACAGCAUUAAAAAUUUGUCUCUCAAUCUUUGCAAUUUGUAAGAUAUAUCUUAGUUCCCAGAUUUUCUUGAAGGGCAGAGUAUGGCUUCCCAGUUUUGUAUACAAUUACAUUGUGAAUACAUUUUCAUAGUCUUAAUGACAGAAGUUUUCUCAAAAUUGAUUUCAUUGCUUAAGAUAGGAAGUGACAAUUUUCUCAAUUUUUUUGUGUCAGAGUCUGUGAAACUUUGGUUUGGUAACAUUAGGCCUGGAUUGUGGCAUUUAGAAAGAAUUAAAUGGCAGGUGGUAAUUAACUCAAUCUCAAGAUAACUCCAUUCUGUGAUAAUGUUUUAAGGUUGUGGAAAUCUGCAUGAUGUGUAAAUGCUCUUGACAUUGUAGUGGCUGUGUGCAAGGAACACUCCUACAUGUUACCAAAUCAAUCAAAAGCAUUGCAAUGGCUUUGGCAGUAUGUGAUAUUUUAGCACAAAUAACCACUUCUAUACUACUUGGACCUGUGGAUGAUCAUUUUGUAAAUACUGUGAAUCUAAAGGUCAUAUUAAUAAACCUGAAAUCCAAAU